AUGAUUGUGUGUUUUAUAACUUUUACAAUCUUCCACAAGAAUAGAAUAGAAUUGGCACAUCAAAAUAGAAUUGGCGCUAAAAAGAAAUUUGCGAUACAUGAUUAUAGUAAAGAAAAAGAACAACAAGAUGAUGAUGAUGAUCCAGAUUAUCUCGUAUCAGCUAUACCAGAAGAUACUCCUCACAUUCCCUACAAACCUCUUGCAAGGCCCAUGGAGAAAAUUUUGGAGAGAUCAAGAGAGUAUUACGACUUGAUGGCAAAGAGACGGACGGUCAGGAGUUUCAGCACGGAACCAAUUCCUCAAGAAGUGCUCGACAAUAUUGUGAAGACUGCAGGCACAUCCCCUUCCGGAGCUUUCACAGAACCCUGGACGUUCGUAGUAGUCCAAGAUCCAGAAGUAAAAUUAGCCAUUAGAAAUAUAAUAGAAGAUGAAGAAGAAAUUAAUUAUUCUAGAAGAAUGUCAAGACAAUGGGUGACUGAUCUCAAGCCCUUUGCGACGAAUCAUAUUAAGCCGUAUCUCACAGAUGCACCAGCUCUCAUUUUGGUGUUUAGACAGACGUACUCUUGGCGGGCAGACGGAAAGAAGAAGAUGCAUUACUAUAAUGAGAUUAGUGUAGCGAUCGCUUGCGGGUUUCUUCUGGCUGCAAUACAGUAUUGCGGUCUGGUUGCUUUGACAUCAACACCCCUUAAUUGUAACACUCGUUUAAGGGAUCUCCUAUCGAGACCCCCAAACGAAAGGUUGGAACUACUCCUUCCAGUUGGAAAGCCACAUGAAGACGUUACUGUUCCUGAUAUUAAAAGGAAAAAUCUAGAUGAAAUCAUGAUCAAUGUU